CUUUUGCGUGAAAAAACUUACUCGGUUUUUGAAUUAGGAUUAGGAUUGUGAUUGUGUUGAAUUCUGCUGGGAAAUUAUGAUGGGAGAACUAGCAAGCAGAUCAGAGCUGCGGAAGGAAUUAGAGAGAGAACGUCGUCGUAUGAGGGACCGGCAAAGAAGGCAAUCUAUGAGCCUUGAGGAAAAAGAAAAGCAUCUCGCUAGACGCCGAAGAAAUUAUCAAUUGCGGAGGCAAAGGGCUGAAACUGCUCGAUCAAACCCUCCUCCAUUGCCAAUUCAAUUGCCUUUAAGUAAUGCCUUAACUUGUGUUGCUAAUGCUUUUGUAAGAUCCAGUGAUGAACAACAAAGACCAAUGCUCGAUAACAAAAGCUCCCACUGUUUGGAAAUCCCUGCUCAUAAGUUAGCUAUUUUACCUGCAAAGGUACGUCUGAAUCGCAUAAAACAUCUGGCUCGAGUGAUAAAUGAUCCUGUUGGUAAUGGGGUUGCAGUUGGUGGAAUGAUGAAGGAAAAUGGAACUUCCAAUUGUUUAACAUCCAAAGGAUUGCGAUUGAAUCGUAUUAAACAUCUUGCUCGAACAGUAAGUCCUGCUGGGCAAGACACUCUUAGUCAAAGCAAUCAAAGCAUAACAAAAGGGUGAACAUCUCAAGAAAUACAAAUCAGUCGUAUACAAAUUUAUUUCGGCUCCUCCCCAGGUUCUUUCAAUUUAAGAUUUGGUGGAGAAAAAAGAUGGUUGCAAUGGUAGACAAGCAUCACCGAUAUAGACAACUUGCUGUACAAAAGGUCAGAGAAGUUUAGAAUAGAAUUGCAUGAUGAUGAUGAAACGAACCAUAUACUAGGGGUUGAUUUU